UCCAGUGUGAAAUGAUCUUAGUAUUUUUGUCAUUUGCCAAUUACUUCCGGCCAAAGUUUUUUCUUUUAGAAAAUGUGAGGAAUUUUGUUUCUUUUAACGAAGGGCAGACAUUCCGAUUAAUGCUUUCUUCACUUCUUGAAAUGGGUUAUCAGGUGAGAUUUGGUAUUCUAGAGGCUGGAGCCUUUGGUGUUUCUCAGUCUAGGAAACGAGCAUUCAUAUGGGCAGCUUCUCCAGAAGAGAGACUCCCAGAGUGGCCAGAGCCAAUGCACGUCUUUGCAUGCCCAGAACUGAAAAUCACAUUACCAAGGGAUGUACAGUAUGCAUUUCCAUUUUGAAAACGUGUUGAACAGAACAGCUGGUGCUUUUGUUCCACCAGCCUUUAUGUGUGCCCGUUCUUAUUGCUUAU